GAGCUCUCAUGGCUCGCACUUGUCCUCGUACCAGCCUAUUUUGCCCUCUCUCUCUCUGUCUAUCUUUCCUCAUUCCCACUGCUGCUCACACUCCUCUAACCCUCUGCGAACCCUAUGCCUAGCCCCACACACCAUGGCCUCCAACCACCUCAACGGUGACUCCCACAUCCUCCACCACCCCAAAAAACCCAAACUUUCUUCCUCUUCCACUUCCACUUCCCUCAUCACUCCCUCUGAAAUCCAAUCGGAAUUCUGCCACCAUGAUCCCUCCAUCGCCCGCAUCAACAACGGCAGUUUCGGUUGCUGUCCGACCUCCGUUAUCAAGGCCCAACAGGUCCUACAGCUCGAAUUUCUCCGCCAACCCGACCACUUCUACUUCAACUGCCUCAAGGAGGGGAUUCUAAAAUCUAGGACAGUCAUUAAACAGCUCAUCAACGCCCGCCACGUCGACGAGGUCUCCAUCGUCGACAACGCCACCACCGCUGCCGCCAUCGUCCUCCAACGUGUCGCCUGGGCCUUCGCUGAGGGCCGUUUCGACAAAGGUGACGUCGCGAUUAUGCUUCACUACGCCUACGGUGCUGUCAAAAAAUCCAUCGAGGCAUAUGUCACCCGCGCCGGCGGGUGCGUCAUCGAGGUACAAAUGCCCUUUCCUGUUAAUUCCAACGAUGAAAUUAUCCAUGAGUUUAGGAAGGCAUUAGAGAGAGGGAAAGAGAACGGGAGGAAAAUUAGGCUGGCUGUGAUUGAUCAUAUCACUUCCAUGCCGUGCGUGGUGAUCCCUGUGAAGGAACUGGUCAAGAUUUGUAGGGAAGAAGGUGUUGACCAGGUUUUUGUGGACGCGGCCCAUGCCAUUGGGUGCACUGAUGUUGAUAUGCAAGACAUUGGGGCCGAUUUCUAUACAAGCAACUUGCACAAGUGGUUCUUUUGCCCACCUUCCAUUGCUUUUUUGUAUAGUAGGAGCUCGCCCAAGUGCUUGGACUUGCAUCACCCUGUUGUUUCUCAUGAGUAUGGAAAUGGGUUGGCCGUGGAAAGUGCUUGGAUUGGAACUAGAGACUACAGUGCACAAUUGGUGGUUCCAAAAGUUUUGGACUUUGUUAAUAGGUUCGAAGGCGGUAUAGAAGGGAUCAAGAAGAGGAAUCAUGAUAAUGCUGUGCAGAUGGGGCAGAUGUUGGCCAAAGCGUGGGCCAAUCUCGGGUGUCCUCCGGAGAUGUGCGCAAGCAUGAUCAUGGUUGCGUUGCCGGUUUCUUUGGCAAUCUCAAGUGAUUCGGACACUUUAAAGUUAAGGGCACAUUUGAGGGAGAAUUUUGGUGUGGAAGUGCCACUAUACUACCGGGCACCAAAAGAUGGUGAGGUUGGCGUGAUAACUGGGUACGCACGGAUCUCCUAUCAAGUCUACAAUAAAUUCGAGGAUUACACCAAGUUCAGGGAUGCAAUUAACAAACUUGUUUGUGAUGGUUUCACUUGCAAUCUUCUUUCUAUUUGAAGAGGGCCCAGGAAAGCUUUGGGCACUGAAACGACAUUGGUGGGAAUUUUGUGGGCAAGUAUUUGUCACACUUAAAUUGAAGUAUUUGUCUCCUAAAGUUCUUGCUUUCACGGUCAUAAACCACCAUCUCCUCAAUGCAAAAGCACAAGCAAUCUUCAACGAUUCUCUUCUCU